CUGAAUGAAGUGAAGGAGGAACAUCGUAACUUUACAAUUCAAAGAACAAAAGCCAAAAAGACGCACACCUGCACUCAGUGUGGGAAGAGUUUCACAGACAAAGGAGACCUUAGCAAACACAUGAGAAUUCACACUGGAGAGAAACCGUAUACAUGCACUCAGUGUGGAAAGAGUUUCACUCAGAAAGGAAACCUUAACACACACAUGAAAAUUCACACUGGAGAGAAACCGUAUACAUGCACUCAGUGUGGAAAGAGUUUCACACAGAUAGGACACCUUAACACACACAUGAAAGUUCACACUGGAGAGAAACCGUAUACAUGCACUCAGUGUGGAAAGAGUUUUUCUCAAGCAUCAAGUCUCAGUGUUCAUCUGCUCAUUCACUCUGGAGAAAAACCAUUUAACUGUGAUCAGUGUGGUAAAGAUUUUAUUUCAUCACCAAAUCUAAAAUCACACCUGAAAGUUCAUUCAGAUGAGAAGCCUUAUGUGUGUUCUCUCUGUGGAAAGAGUUUUUCAUGGCUGGAAAGUUUUAAACUGCACCAGAAAACACAUAAUGACGUGAGAGAUUAUAUGUGCUUUGACUGUGGGAAGAGAUUUACUACAUCUCGUGAUCUGAAACAGCACCAACGAAUUCAUACUGGAGAAAAACCUUACAAGUGCUCAUAUUGUGACAAGAGUUUCACUCUGUCUGCAACCCUUAAGACACACAUGAGAAUUCACACUGGAGAGAAACCGUAUACAUGCACUCAGUGUGGAAAGAGUUAUUCUCAAGCAUCAGCUCUCAGUUAUCAUCUGCGCAUUCACUCUGGAGAACAAAACAUUUAACUGUGAUCAUUGUGG